CAUGAAAACUCACAAACCAACAUGAUUUCGUUAAAAGUUAAUUCUAUACAAAACGUCCAAACACCUUUAACUCCACAGACACAUAAUCCAACUUACCAUGUAAUUGCUAUGUCUUCUCAACUUAAUGCCUAA